AUGCACCCAAAGACUUUGUUUAUAGCUGUUUGUUUCUUCACAAUACUUUGUGUUGAGUUAAAUUAUGGUGCACCGACCAAGAAAACGACGGUGAAAACCACUACCAAAGCGCCAAAGACUACUAUUGAAGCUAAACCUAAGCUGCUAGGGGCACAUACACCAUGGGAUAAGAAUAUCAAAGCAAAACACAAGAAAAUAUUUGACGACUAUAAAAAAGUGAUCUCGAAGAAACUGCAAGAAACUCACAAUGUAUCGAAGACAUUCAAUCCCAAACCAGAGAAAUUCGCUACACAAGCCGUUGGUGGGAUCAAUUAUUUAUACUUAGUUAAACUGCCAAUUAACAAGUAUGCAGUUGUGUCUGUUCACGAUGUCAUAUGGAAGAAGGAUCAUUAUGGAAAAGAAGAAAAUGUUCGCGUACGCCCACAAACAUAUGAGUUAAAUGAUAAAAAUAUUUGA